AUGGCAUGCUUGAUAGAAAGCCUAAUAAUGAGUAAUAAAUCGUGUGUGACAAGUACAUUGCAGACCGUGUUUGGUUAUGACGAUUUCAGAAAUAUAAUUCAAAAAAAUGCAACUCUUCUAGUCAACGAAGGUUUAAAUCAUGUAUGCAUAUCUACACCACCUGACUUUGAUAGCUCACUUUGUUUCGAAAUACCAGCUAUUUUAAAAAAGGGCAAAGUAGCUGUCGUUUUUUCUUCAAAAUUAUGUUUUAUGGAGAAUCGCGUAGAUUUUUUUAGGAAUAAACAGAUAAAAGUACAUUUAUUAAGUAAAUGUACAUCCCCUAGCGAACGAGAUGUUAUUUUAAGAGAUUUCACUUCUUCAAAUUAUUUAACCAUACCACUAUUAUAUGCUACACCUGAUAUGAUUGAUGUUAGAUAUUUCCAGCAUCUUGUACGUUUAUUAAAACGACGAAAAUUAUUGUCUUAUAUUGUAUUUAAUGAGGCACAUUCUUUAAGUGAAUGGGGCUAUGACUAUGUACCGUGUUAUGGUAGAAUUAGACGAUUUAAUAGAAUGUGUGGGAAUGUUCCUAGAGUUGCAAUAACUACUACUGUUAAUAAUAAGGUAAUCGACGAUAUUUGUCAGUUGACAUUAAAAAGACCAAGAAGGUUUAAAGUACCAAUACUACAAACGAAUGUGUGCUAUGAUAUAUGGUUUUUAGAUAUUCUUCCUCAUCCAUUUGAACACCUCAAAAAUUUUAUUAUAAAUGUACUUGGUUUCUUAAGUCCAUCUGAUCACAAGACACAUGAUGAUUUUGGCAUUAUUUACUGUAAUGAGGAAGUCAAGGCAGAGGUACUGAAAGAAAGAUUAGUUGCUGUAGGCAUACCCACAAUUAUCUGUCAUCAUAAAUUGAAUACAAAAGCUAAAUAUAACAUAAAAGAUCAGUGGUUAUCUGGAAGUGCCAGGGUCAUUGUUACAACACAUGAUUGUGAAUUCAUUUAUAGGAAACCAAUCAAGUGUAAAGUUUAUUGGACCGUGCCAGAAAAUAUGUCCAAAUACUAUAGGGAAUCUGUGCAAUCUUUUACGAAUAAUUACCGUACAUAUUGUAGAAUAUAUUUUAGUACAAAGGAAUAUUCUUCUAUCAAAAUGUUAAUUGAAAACAGUGAAGUAGGAAAAGGAAAAGGUCUUGGAUAUAUCAAGCAUCAUUUAAAUGAAUAUAACAAGCUUGUGUCCUAUUGUCUUUUAACGAAAUGUCGCCAUGCAACCAUUAGUAAAUACUUCGGAUAUGCAGUAAAUCCUUGCCAAAUAUGUGAUGUCUGUGAAGAUAUGAAUGUGGUGGAAGUCAGAACCCAUAAAUUUAUUGCAUACUCGAAGGAAAUACAAAACAUUACGUACAAUGUCUGUGAUAUUAAUGAAGCUAUGAAAGAGAGACAGAAUCAAAACAUUGAAAAAGUAUCUCAAGAGUAUUCGGAAGAGGAAUUAAACAAAUGCGUCGUUGCGCGCAAAGAAAUUUCUGUGGUCAAAAAUAACAGUGAUGCGAUUGUGCAAUAUAGAGAUAAGCAAAAAAGUAGCUCACCGAGUAGUACGCGAUUGUCUACGAAGGAUUAUAUUCAUGCAAGCUCUGGGAGUUCGGUAAGACGCGCGAAAGAUAAUUCAAACGAUAUAGAUCCGGAUAGUUUCGAGCUAACGUGCUCUUUGCUAUCUACAUGCAAUCUAAACAAUAAGAUACCGCUGAAGCCGUGCAGCUUGGAGAGUAACAUCACACAAAUUUCGACGAGACUCAACGACAUUCAUACAAAUGUGUCGUAUAUCAAAUCGAAAAGUAAGGUCGCAAACAGUGACGCCAGGGCUUGGACGGAUGAGAAAAAGGGUCAAAUUACGGCGAGUGAUUCCUGUGAGACGAUUUUUGUCGGGGUCGGGAGCAAAGAACGUAAUGAGACACGACGUAAACGCUGCCGCGAUGCGGACACAUGUCCUGCGGAAUUCAGCUUAAAAAGAAGGAAAUUCGGGACCGAAAAUAAACCAACCGCUGUGAUACGGGACAGGAGGAGAAGUAAGGAAACUUCUGAUCGUGUCGAGGAUGAUGCAAAUGAAAGCUUGUCGCGCAGCUAUACUAUAGCUGAAUAUUUGAUGGACAAAUAUAAACUAAACAGAGACGCGAUAACGCUAUUCCCGUGUAGAAAAUGAUGUCAGAAUUACCUAAUACUUUAUCAACAAAAGAC